AUGGAGGAACAAGAAUUAAGUAUUAAAAGAGAAGAUAAUGAGUAUAAUCGUCAUAAUUUUCAAAUUGAUGGAAAUAAUAUAGAUUUGUCUAUAAAUAAUCAUCACAAAAAAAGUAGUAACUUGGAAUCUCAAAUGAUGAAAGAAUCAUUUUCAAAAUCCUCAUUAAAAGAUUUGUGUAGAUUGUUAUUAUCUUCAUUUUGUGGUAUUUUGGACGAGUUUGGAUUGGAAACACAAGCAGACGAGGAGAUGCUUUUAAUGGCAAUAGAUUCUGAAGAUUUUGAUUCAGUUAUUGAAUAUGUAAAAUUAUUCAGAAAUAAAAUUUCCUCAAUAUUAAUACUAAAUAAUAUUGUUAAAGAUUUUAAAACAGAUAUGGAAAUUGGAAUGACAACAGUACCAGAAAUAAUAAAUGAUAUUGAAAAUAUGCAAGACAGUGAAUAUGAUCAAAUUAGUGAGACCGAAAGGAAUAGUAUUGAACAAGUAAUUAAUUAUAAUGAUAAAGAUAUUAUAGAAGAUGAUUUAACAAAUAUAGAUUCUAAUGAUUUUCAAAAGAGAAUUGAUUUAAAUAAUCCAGAAUUAGGAAAUUUAAAAAUACUUAGUCCUAAUACUAAUAUUAAUAGUAGUAAUCAUAUAAAAAAGUCACCAGUACCGCCAUUAAAUGUAGAGAAAGCAGGCCCUGGUUCAUGGAAUAGAGGACAAUUACCCGACGAAUAUCCAAUUGAAUGA